GACAAAAAGAGGAGGCAGAGGGAGGCUUCUGGCUAAAAUCGAAAAGGAGCGGCCGAAGGAAGGAAGGAAGGAAGGAAACGCUCAGCCCCUGCCCAGGCUUUUUCCUGAGCCUCCUAAGGACAGGAGGGGAGCUGGGCCCAGGGCUGUCCCCUGAUUUCCUCCGCUGCCGGCGAGCUCCCAUCUCGCUGGGUGGCUGCCUCCUCUCCCCACCCACCCCGCCCCGGGCCCGGGCCCCGGGGACCGGCAGGGAGGGGGCCGAGCGGCGCUGCGGGCGCCCGCUGCGCUCCCUUCCCCCUUCCCUUCCAGCAACGUCACCGCAGCACCAGCCGGGCUGCAGGGAUGCUGGGGCUGGGACUGCGCAGCCUCCUUGCAUUGGCAGCGAUGCCAUUGUGUUAACAGAAAUCAGACCGUAGGAAGCCAGCCCGGCCCCGCUGCGUGGCCCCGCGGCUGGAGCGGUCCAGGCAGCGCUGGGGCGCUCGGGUCGGUCGGAGCGGAAGGAACGGCUCCGGGCUCGGCGCGGGGCUCCGGACAGAGGUGCCAGGCUCUCCUGAUGAAAUGCGUUCUGCCCCAUCGGGCUCCGGGGGCAGUGUCCGGCGCUGUUGAUGCCCUUGUUCGAACUUUCCAGAAUGGAUAGUCCCCCAAAGCUUACCGGAGAGACCCUCAUCGUCCACCACAUCCCCCUGGUACACUGCCAAGUCCCAGACAGGCAGUGCUGCGGGGGGGCCAGCGGCGGGAGCGGGAGCACCAGACCCAACCCCUUCUGCCCACCUGAGCUGGGCAUCGCCCAGGCGGAACCAGACCUGGGACCAGCGGACUCCCUGCUGUACAGCAGCCUGCACGCUGCUCCGGGGGGGCCCGCGCGGCCCGCGGACAGCAGCGCCAAGGGCAGGGGUCGGGAUGGAAGAGGCCCCGGGGCCCCUAAACGGCACAACCCCUUCCUGCUGCAGGGGGGCUUGGCUGAGCCGGGACUUGGCGACUUGUACGAUGACAGCAUCGGUGACGGCGCCACCCAGCAGUCCUUCCACCUGCACGGAGCCGGCCAGCCCACCUUCCGUCUGUCCUCUUUCCAGCUGCCACCGCCUGGCCCCACACCCGGCAGGCCGUGGGGGGCAGCACAGGGCCGGGCCGGCGUGGUGGAGGGGCAGGAGCAGGAGCAGGAGCCGGUGACGGCCCUGGGUCCCCAGCAGCGCGGCAGUGGCCACGGCUGCGGGCCGGAGCCGGACGCAGAGACCAUGGAGCUGGACGAGUGCGGGGCGCCCGGCGGCAGCGGCAGCGGCAGCGGAGGGGCAGCCAGCGACACCUCCGGCUUCUCCUUUGAGCAGGAGUGGAAGCUCAGCUCAGACGAGUCCCCGAGGAACCCGGGGUGCUCGGGCUCCGGGCCCCAGCACUGCCGCUGCAGCAGCACGUCCAGCCAGUCCGAGGCGGCCGACCAGUCCAUGGGCUACGUGAGCGACUCCUCCUGCAGCAGCUCGGACGGCGUGCUGGUCACCUUCAGCACCCUCUACAGCAAGGCGCUCGGCCACCCCCACGCCAACCUCAACUCCGCCCCGCAGUCCUGCAGCGACUCCUCCUUCUGCAGCCACUCGGACCCCGGCGCCUUCUACCUGGACCUGCAGCCCUCCCCGGCCGAGUCUAAGAUGUCCUACGAGUCCCACCACCCUGACAGCGGGGACAGGGAGGGGAGCUGCGGCUGUCCUCACGCCUCAUCCCCGGAGCUCGACGCCAACUGCAACUCCUACCGCCCGCACUCUGAGCCCUGCCCCGCCGUGGCCGACCUCACGGCCUGCUUCCAGAGCCAGGCCCGCCUGGUGGUGGCCACGCAGAAUUACUACAAGCUCGUCACCUGCGACCUGUCCUCCCAGUCGUCCCCGAGCCCCGCCGGCUCCUCCAUCACCAGCUGCUCGGAGGAACACGCCAAGAUAAGCCCCGGGCCCAGCUCUGCCCCGGACCCCGGCCCGAACCAGCCCUCCGAGUAUUAUCUGUUCCGGAGGCCAGACGCCCAGCCAGAGGAGCCGGCGAGGCCCAUGGAAGCCGAAGCCCCCGCGGGCCCCGCGGUGAUGGAGGGGCAGGUGUACACCAACACUUCCCCCCCAAACCUGGGCCCCGGGCGCCAGCGCUCCCGGAGCUACGACCGCAGCCUGGAGCGCAGCCCGCCCGCCCGCCCGGGCUCGCUGGAGCGCAUGCUGAGCUGCCCGGUGCGCCUGAGCGAGGGCCCCGCGGCCCUGGCCGGGCCCGGCUCCCCUCCGAAGCGGGUCACCUCCUUCGCGGAGCUCGCCAAAGGCCGGAAGAAAGCCGCGGGCUCUGGGUCGCCCCCGCUCCGGGCGAGCGUCGGGGACUCCUCCCAGGACUUCUCGCCCAUUCAGGAAGCCCAGCAAGACCGGGCGGGCUCGCUGGACGAGGGGACUCACUGUAGCCACAGUCUACCGCCCAUGCCCACGGGGCCGGGCAUGGACUCAGUUGGCUCAGAGCCCUGGUCCGCCCAGGUCUACCAGGGCCCCCAGGCCAGUGAGAUGCCACCUGCCGUCCUCAGAGCUUCUGGGCAAGGCUCCAUGAUGCAGCUGCUGGAUCCAGGCUCUGCCCCCCCAGGGAGCCCAGCCAACAGCCAUGCCCAGAGGGAUGCCAGAGCUAGAGCUGACGGGGGUGGUGCUGAGAGCCGACCAGUCCUCCGCUACAGCAAGGAGCAGAGGCCGACCACGCUGCCCAUCCAGCCCUUCGUCUUCCAGCACCACUUCCCCAAGCAGCUGGCCAAGGCCCGGGCCUUCCACAGCCUUUCCCAGCUCUACAGCCUGUCGGGCUGCAGCCGUGCCCAGCAGCCCGCCCCCCUGGCCGUGCCCGCGGCUCAGGCCCCUGCCUCCAAGCCUCCAGGGGAGCCGCAGGCCUCCGCCAGCAGAGGGGCCCGGAGAGCCGGGCCUGAGCCGGAAACCUCCCGCCCGUCACCCCUGGGCAGCUACUCGCCGAUCCGGGGCGCCGCCGGCCCCUUCGGGCUCAGCACCGAAGACUCGUCCGCCUCCGUGUCCUGCUCCCCGCCCCCCGAGCAGGCCGCAGCCCGGGAGAGCUCGCCGCCUCCGCCGUGGAGCCUCUCCCGUCCCGCCGUGCAGCCCGCCGCCUCCCAGCAGCCCCAGGAGGAGGAUCAGAAGAUACUGACCAGCUUGGCUGAGUACCGGCUCCAUGGGGCAGGAAGCCUGCCGCCUCUGGGCUCCUGGAGAUCCGGCCUCGGCCGAGCGGAGGGCCUGGCCCGGGGCGGCGGGGAAGGCUGCAUGGCCGCCAGGCCCAGUAACGCCAACCACCUGUCCCCUCAAGCGCUCAAGUGGCGGGAAUACAGGAGGAAGAACCCGCUAGGGCCACCCGGCUUGUCAGGGAGCCUAGACCGAAGGCCACAGGAAGCGCGGCUGGCCCGAAGGAACCCCAUCUUUGAAUUCCCCGGCUCCCUCAGUGCCGCUGGCCACCUGAACUGCCGGCUGCACGGUCAAAUGGGGAAGCCGUUACCACUGACCUGCCCUGACUUCCAAGAUCCCUUUUCCUUGACGGAGAAGCCUCCAGCUGAGUUCUGUCUGUCCCCAGACGGCAACUCAGAAGCCAUUUCCAUUGACCUGCUUCAGAAAAAAGGGCUGGUGAAGGCUGUGAACACCGCCGUGGACCUCAUCGUGGCCCAUUUCGGCACAAGCCGGGAUCCUGGGGUGAAGGCGAAGCUGGGGAACAGCUCCGUCAGCCCCAACGUGGGCCACCUGGUCCUGAAGUACCUGUGCCCCGCGGUCCGGGCCGUGCUGGAGGACGGGCUCAAGGCCUUCGUGCUGGACGUCAUCAUCGGGCAGCGCAGGAACACGCCCUGGAGCGUGGCCGAGGCUUCCACGCAGCUAGGCCCCUCCACCAAGGUCCUGCACGGCCUCUACAACAAGGUCAGCCAGUUCCCCGAGCUCACCAGCCACACCAUGCGCUUCGACGCCUUCAUCCUCGGCCUGCUCAACAUCCGGUCCCUGGAGUUCUGGUUUAAUCACCUCUAUAACCACGAAGACAUCAUCCAGACCCACUACCAGCCGUGGGGCUUCCUGAGCGCGGCGCACACCGUGUGCCCCGGCCUCCUGGAGGAGCUGCUGCUGCUGCUGCAGCCGCUGGCGCUGCUGCCCUUCAGCCUGGACCUGCUGUUCCAGCACCGGCUGCUGCAGAGCGGGCAGCGGCAGCGGCAGCACAAGGAGCUGCUGCGCGUGUCGCAGGACCUGCUGCUGUCCGCCCACUCCACGCUGCAGCUGGCCCGCGCCCGGAGCCAGGAGGGCCCCGGGGACCUGGACGGCGCGGCCCGUGGGAGGCGGGUGAAAGGCGUGGGCGCCCCAGAAGGGGGAGAGGAGGAGGAGGAGGAGGAGGAGGAGGAGGAGACGGGAGAGGCGGCCGCGGCGGCGGCUGGGGGCUCGGAGCGCGGCAGGGCCCGGAGCGGGCAGGCCGGCUGGUGGUACCAGCUCAUGCAGAGCUCCCAGGUCUACAUCGACGGCUCCGCGGAAGGUUCCCGGUUCCCCCGCGGCGGCAGCAACAGCUGCAGCGGCGCUGGCGGCAGUGAGAAAAAGAAAGGGGCAGGAGGUGGGGGGCCGCCCCCCCGAGAGGGAGUGGUGGAGGGAGCCGAGGCCUGCCCUGCCCCCGAGGAGACGCUGGGCCGGGACCAGGGCUGGCCCUUCUGGAUGGGGAGCCCCCCUGACUCCGUGCUGGCGGAGCUGAGGCACAGCCGGGAGAGAGAGGGGUCCACGGCGCCCCCCGCAGACAGCGAGGAGGGAGCCUCCGGGCCGCCAGCCGGGGGCAUCAAGUGGGGGCACCUCUUUGGGUCCCGAAAGGCCCAGCGAGAGACCCGGCCCGCGAACAGGCUGCCCUCGGACUGGCUGAGCCUGGACAGGUCCGUGUUCCAGCUCGUGGCGCAGACGGUGGGUGCCCGCCGGGAAGCAGAGCCCAAGGAGAGCCUGCAGGAGCCGCCCGCUGCGGCCCCGCCCGCCAAGCCUCCGUGCGAGGUGAAAGCCCUGUGCCACCACCUGGCCACCGGCCCCGGACAGCUGAGCUUCCACAAGGGCGAUGUCCUCCGGGUGCUGGGGCCCGCCGGCGGGGACUGGCUGCGCUGCCGCCGCGGCCCCGACACCGGCCUGGUGCCUCUGGCCUACGUGACCUUGACCCCAACUCCAAGUCCAACUCCUGGAAACAGCCAACACUGAGGUCCUGUGCAUGCUGGUGGCCUCAGGGACCUCUUAACCAUCGGACUCGGAGCCUGAGAGUCCCUCCCGGGCCCUCCGGCUUGGCUGCAGAGAGCAGACUGAGAGCUGGGGCCAGUAUUAAUCCCUGUGCUCAGUAUUAAUCCCCCCGCCCCCACCCCCCAGCUGUCCCAUGACCAUGUCCAGAGCACCCAGGAAAGGAGGGAAGGGGCGCAGCCCCGGGCUGCCCGGGUUUCCCCGGCCCCUCUGGGCCAGCCCUUCCCUGGGUACAGACACGCACGCCCCUGUGGAUGGGGGUGACCAGGAGGCCCCUCCGCAGGGCCCCGCAGGCCAGGCGGUGAGGAUGCUGGGAGACGGUGCAGGGGCCAGAUCCCGAAGCUCCCGGAUGUAAAUUAGACGGCGGCCAGCGCCUGGCGGUCAGAGGAGGGAGGAGCGGCCCAGGCUUCUGUUUAUGUAUUUAUUUAUUUAUUUAUUACGCCUAUUAAUAAAAAAGGUGCUUGGCCUCCA